AUGGAUUUCCCGGAUCACGUAAAGCAUCAUAUAAAUGUUGCCGUAGUGGCAAUGAUAUUGUCAAAGACCUAUGGAUAUGGAUUUAUAACAGUUGAUGAUAUUAAAUCAAACCCAAGAAGAGAAACAAGAGGAAGAAAUGUGAAAGAUUACACAAAAUAUAAAAGUGAAAUGUCAGAAGAAACGUGGACUAUGACAGAAAAGUUACAUAAUAUCCUAAUAGAAGGUUUGGGUACGGAAAAUAAUGUAUUAAACUUUAUAAAUUGGUUCUUUGACGGUGUUCGGAAAACUUUUGAUAUCACUACCGCCUCUACUACUUCUUCACAAACUUCUUUGAAUAAUCAUUACCAGAAUAAUUAUAAUUUUCUUUCUACACAUGUUCCUGAGAAUUUAAGACUUCCUCAAACUUGUGGAUUUUCUACAGUAUUUUCAGCGCGAUGGCAAGUAAAUCGAUUAAAUGGAACAUUAGCACAAUGGGUAACUAAUAUGGAACAUCAAAUUAUAUUGGACUAUGUGAAGAGUCAUAAUGUACUCUUUAAUGAGUCGAAUUGGAAUGCUGUUGUAAAUGAAUUUACAAAGAAAAUGAAAAUAAUUUUUGAGUCAAGGAGAAUUUUAAAGUGUAAACCAUUGGAAGAAAGUGAAGCUGAUUCUAUUAAGUCAUCAAGAAAUAAUAGUUUAAAAAUCAAUAGAAGAAAUAGUCUAUUAAAGGUCAAAGGAUUAUUUAGAUCACUCUCAUUCUCAAAAAAUCAAAAGCGAUUUUCUUCAAGUUCAUUUCUAAGUAAGAUCAGCUCUUCGGGUUCACAAACUUUCCAUCCGGUACAAAAAAUAACACAUGUACCAUCUACAACAUCACUGAUUAAUGAUUCAGAACAGACAAUUGUGGCACUUAGGCGAUUAGAUAAUUCUUCGAAUCUUUCUUCAGAAUUUAUUAACGAACUCAAAUUAUGCUUCUCGGCUCAAAAAAAUGAAAAGUUCGCUCAAAUUUAUGGGAUAACUCAAGAUCCGGAAUCAAAAGACUAUUAUUUAAUAAUGGAAUACGCCAAUAAUGGAAAUAUAAAUCGAUAUCUUCGUCACAAUUAUACUACCAUCGAUUGGUGGCAACGAGUAAGUAUUCUUGGAGAUCUAGUAAAAUCUUUAAAUGAAUUGCACGAAAGAAAUCUCGUUCAUCAUAAUCUACAUAGUGGAAAUAUAUUACGUCAUUUUGAUCAACCGAGUGGCACUGGGAUUAUAAAACGAGCAAAGAUAAUGUUAACAGAUGUUGGAUUAGGUUUUCCUGCUGGUGUUAAUUCAAAAACUGUUGAUGAUAUGACCAUCACCACUACUAAAGAAGAAGAAGAGCAUCAAAAACAACGAAUUAUUAGGAUUACCAGUAGUUGGCAUCGAGCAUCUACCACUCAGUUACAAUCAAACAAUAUUUCGAAUUCUAGUAUUGGAAAUCCUAAUUCGAUAAAUAAUAGUUUUGAAAUGUUUACUACAUCUCGGGUGAAAAGUUUUGAAAUUUUUGCAGAUGCGGAAAAGUUACGACGACAAUUAUCUAUUAAUGGUAGGAGUAAUGCUAUCGGUAGUGGGGCAGAUGAUUCAGGAAAUGAAAGUGGGAAUAUUAGUCUGUCAAGAAUUUCGAGCGAAAGGCUGCGAAAAGCUCCACCAGAAUCACAUAUGGUAUCACGAGAAUUAAAUUUUGAAGAUUUGCCCAAACCUAGAAAUGCUGAAAAGGCAACUAAUAGGUCGAGAACUGAAAAAAAAGAAGAAACGGAAGUCUCUGAAAUAGUUACUUCACAAGCGACGCAUCAGGGUAGUCCAAGUCUUGAUUCUGCAGUUGGUAUGCCACCAAUUAAAGAAGAUAUUUAA